GGGUCCGCCGAUCACGAACCGCCAGAGAUGGUACACGUCGAUCUCGAUACAUUGAUGGGAGACGCCAAGCACCAAGAGGGCCACCAUUUUCCGACCAAAUCGCUGCAGGUCCUGCAGGCAGCAAGGGCGAACAUGGAGGCUUUUCAAUCCGAGACGAGCGGGGCUGGACAGCCCCAGCAGCCAAUUUUCUCGAUGGAGAUGGGGGAGCUUCCGGAAG